CUGUUGACUCUUGGGCUGUUUGUAUCGUCGCAGGUAAAAUUAUUAUUAAUAAGAGUUUUAUUGGAUAAUAAAUAAAUAAAAUUUAAUUUUAAAUGGCUCAAAGUAGAUUAGAGCGCAUUGGGACCAUUUUUACCAGGGUUCAAUCGUUGUUAAAAAGUGGAGCAGUGAAAUCGGAGGACAAACCGAUUUGGUAUGUUGUCUAUGAAGCUUUUCCACCAAAAUAUGAGCCAAGAUUUGACAGAGUAGCUCCUAAUAUUGAAAUUCAAGAUAUUUUUUAUAAAGAAGAUAUUAUUAGAGCGAAAUUUCAAAAAGAGUUUGGCAACAAUUUGACGUUUCACAUUAAUGUUUAACAAUAAAUUUAACGUCCGCAAAUUUUAAAUGAUAA